AAACUUAUGAGAUUCAAUCGUUGUACCUCUAUUAUAUCCGUAUAGAACAAUGCCGAGUAACCCUCUAAACGCCUUCUCAUCGGAGGGGCCGAUGGCACUUCUCAGAGGCUGAGGUGGCCUAGUGUCACCUGUCGCCGCCGAAAAAUCAAAUGCGACGAAGCUGGGCCGGUCUGCCUGAAUUGCCAAGAGCGCAGAGAGAAUUCCAAAGGCCUGAUAAGGAUCCGGAAUAUGUCUUCCAUAGUGCAGAUCAACAACAGCAAAGAUCCUGGGGCGAGUCUCGAAUAACUAAAUCUGGGAACAUCCAAGACAUCAACAAUGUUGCGGAAGCAGAAUCCCUAGUAUCCGCGUUCCCGAAAGUGGCACUAAAGAAUCAAGUCAUCGCAAGUCUGUUGCGCCAUUAUAUCGACUUCCUCGCUCCCUGGUAUGAUUUCAACGAUUCACAAAGCUUGUUCGGUACCCUAGUUCCGUAAUAAACCGUGCCAAAUGCAAUAUUGUUCAAAGCUGUCAUUGGCUUCUCAGCAUGCCAUGAAUCCCGGAUGUCGGGUCAAUAUAAAAGGGCUGGGUCACGUGUAUUAUACCGCAUGUGUCGGAGACCUACUCGAGGUUUUAAAUGAUAUUCAUUCUAAAAUAUAGGAAGACU